AUGAAUUUUGUUCGACAAUCACGUGCAUUUACUAGACUAUAUUUGACUGUUAGUAACAGACAAUUUCAUGGUUCUCGAAGUGUAAAAAAUGUAUCACCCACUAUUGAAAGUACGCCUAUGCGUAUAUUAUUACUUGGAAGCCCU